GUAUUCCGUCUGAGUUCGCACGCGCACGCGCAUAACGCAAAUAAUAAAAUCAUGUUUCCACUGCGUCGCGUUGGCUUUAAGAUUCUGGAGCAAUGGCGGACGCCGGUCGCAGCUGUAGCGCAGGCGUCGCGGAAUUACAGCUCGGACGCGCCUCCUCGGCCCCUUACCAUGUUAACAGACGAUGAAUUGGCCAUGAAGGACACAAUCAGAAAAUUAGCGACGGAACAAAUAGCGCCCCUUGUUAAGAAAAUGGAAGAUGAACACAAAAUCGACGAAGGAAUUAGGCAGAUGCUGUUUGACAAUGGCUUAAUGGGGAUAGAAACCCCAGUGGAAUACAGCGGCUCAGGUUGCGGAUUCCUUACCAUGAUGCUCGUCGUAGAAGAAUUGUCCAGAGUAGACCCAGCGGUUGCCGCGUACGUCGACAUACACAACACAUUAGUGAACUCUCUGUUCAUGAAGCUAGGGACAGAAGAACAGAAGAAGAAGUAUUUGACAAAGCUGUGCACGGAAUACGCGGGUAGUUUCUGUUUAACGGAACCCACGUCUGGAUCCGACGCGUUUUCUUUAAAAACCGUAGCGAAGAAAGAUGGCAAAGACUUCGUUAUCAACGGUUCAAAGAUGUGGAUAUCCAACUCGGAUGUUGCUGGCGUCUUCCUUGUUAUGGCUAAUGCAGACCCCUCAAAGGGUUACAAAGGCAUCACCUGUUUCAUUGUAGAACGGAAUACCCCCGGGCUCAGUGUAGCUAAACCGGAAAACAAACUCGGUAUCCGCGCGUCUGGCACUUGCAUGGUGCACUUCGACAACGUCAGAGUACCAGAAGAGAACAUUCUUGGUGAAUAUGGAAAAGGAUACAAAUAUGCGGCUGGAUUCUUAAACGAAGGUCGCAUUGGUAUUGCGGCCCAGAUGAUUGGUCUGUGCCAGGGUUGUAUGGACGCCACCAUUCCUUAUACCUUGGAGAGGAAGCAGUUUGGUCAAAAGAUCUAUGCAUACCAGGGUAUAAGUUACCAAAUAGCUCAUCUGCAGACACAGCUGGAGGCGGCCCGACUCCUCACUUACAACGCGGCCCGUCUCAAGGAAAAUGGAAUCGAGUUCGUCAAGGAAGCCGCUAUGGCUAAAUAUUACGCUUCAGAAAUUGCCCAAACCCUGACCUCAAAGUGCAUAGACUUCAUGGGUGGCGUUGGAUUUACUCGUGACUUCCCACAAGAGAAAUUCUUUAGAGACGCUAAAAUAGGUACCAUUUAUGAAGGAACAAGCAAUAUGCAAUUGCAGACAAUAGCUAAACUCAUUGAAAAGGAGUACUCUCAAUAAGAAAUUCAAACUGAUUUCAAGUUACAAGCAUUUAAACUAGCUUAAGGAAUACCAAUUACAUACAAUUUAAACUGUCAGCAGACUAUUUCUCUACUUUAACAAUUAUAUCAUAUAUAUAAUUAUAUACAGAACAAUAAAAAUUAUAGUAA